CAGUUUGAUAAGAACAUUUACCAAUAUACCUUGUUUUGCUCAUACUGUAGUCUCUGCUUAAUCUCCAGGUAUCUUAGACAUGGCUACUACACUGAAAGAGAUAUGUGGGGGUCUUCCCCAAGAUUUGCUUCCAGAAAACCGUCCCAGAGAUUUAUCUGUUCCACAUGCUCCAGUUCGAACACCCAAACUAUCUAACGAAGAAAAGAAACUAGCGUUGCAGAAUGCUUUACGAUACUUUCCACCAAAAUUUCACCAAGUUUUAGCACCAGAGUUUGCAGCAGAACUUCAAGACUAUGGCCACAUCUAUAUGUACCGCUUUCGUCCCAUCUUGAAUAUGAAGGCAUACCCAAUAAGAGAAUACCCUGCGAAAUGUCUCCAAGCUGCUGCCAUUAUGCACAUGAUUAUGAACAACCUGAAUCCAGAAGUUGCACAGUUUCCUCAUGAACUUGUCACUUAUGGAGGUAAUGGACAAGUAUUUUCCAACUGGAUCCAGUUUCUGUUAGUUAUGUAUUAUUUGUCUAAUAUGACUGAAGAGCAAACACUCGUGAUGUAUUCUGGACACCCAAUGGGAUUGUUUCCAAGCAACAAUUCAGCACCUAGAAUGGUUAUAACCAAUGGAAUGAUGAUCCCAAAUUAUUCAAGCAAAGAAAUAUAUGACAAACUAUUUGCUUUAGGAGUGACAAUGUAUGGACAAAUGACUGCCGGGAGUUAUUGCUAUAUUGGCCCUCAAGGAAUUGUACAUGGUACAACACUGACAUUACUCAAUGCUGCUCGUAUGUAUUUAAAAACUGAUGAUCUUUCUGGAAAGGUAUUUGUCACAUCAGGCUUGGGAGGCAUGAGCGGGGCACAGGCAAAAGCAGCAGUUAUUGCAGGUUGUGUUGGAGUUGUAGCUGAGGUUGAUAAAAAUGCCUUGAUUAAACGUUAUAAGCAAGGUUGGUUAUUGAAGAUUGCUACCAAUUUAGAUCAUUGUGUUGAAUUGAUUCGAACUGGUCGGAAAGAGAAAAAACCAACAAGUAUUGGUUACCAUGGAAAUGUUGUGGAUUUAUGGGAUCGUUUGAUUACGGAAUAUGAAAACACUGCUGAAUUACUUGUGGAUUUGGGAUCUGAUCAAACAUCAUGCCACAACCCUUUUGCUGGAGGUUACUAUCCUAUGCAGAUAACUUUUGAAGAAUCACAAAUAUUAAUGCAUGAAGACCCAGAGAAGUUCUGUCAAUUAGUGCAGGAAACUCUGAGACACCAUGUAAAAGCACUGAAUAAGUUAUCUGAUCAGGGAAUGUUUUUCUGGGACUAUGGAAAUGCUUUUCUUCUUGAGGCUGAUCAUGCAGGAGCUGAUGUUGGGAAAUGUGAAACCAUGUGUGGAACAAAAUUUCGGUAUCCAUCAUAUGUGCAAGAUAUCAUGGGAGAUAUAUUCUCUCUUGGAUUUGGACCCUUCAGAUGGGUUUGUACAUCUGGAGAUAAAGAAGACCUAGAAAAAACAGAUAUGAUUGCUGCAAGUAUUCUGGAAAAAAUAGCAUCAAAAACAAGUUCCGCUGUUGUGAGAGAACAAUAUAAAGAUAAUAUUCGCUGGAUUAAAGAAGCUGGCCAACAUAAAAUGGUUGUAGGUUCUCAAGCCAGGAUUUUAUAUGCUGACCAAAAUGGUAGAUCACAAAUUGCUUUAGAAUUCAAUAAAGCUGUGAAAGAAGGAAAACUGAAGGGCCCAGUUGUCAUAAGUCGAGACCAUCAUGAUGUCAGUGGAACUGAUAGUCCAUUCCGAGAAACUUCCAACAUCUAUGAUGGAUCUGCAUUGUGUGCAGAUAUGGCUAUUCAAAAUGUCAUUGGUGACAGUUUCCGUGGAGCCACUUGGGUAUCUAUUCACAAUGGUGGAGGAGUCGGCUGGGGAGAAGUUACUAAUGGUGGCUUUGGUCUUAUGCUGGAUGGUUCUGAUAGAGCUGAAAACCAAGCAAGGACUAUGUUAGCAUGGGAUGUUUCAAACGGAGUCGCUCGUCGCAGUUGGUCAGGUAAUUUGAAGGCUCGAGAGACAAUUAAGCUGACCAUGAAGGACAACCCAUGUCUUCAAGUGACGAUACCAUACAGCACUGAAGAUGAUUCCAUGAUUGAAAAUGUACUAAAAACAGUUACAUAAAUCAAUAUUUUCUGGUUUCAACCAAAAAUAGAAUUAAAGAACAGAAAUGUCUCUUAAAAGGAAUGUUUGUUAAAAUAUAUUGAUAGUAAAUCAAGAUUUUUCUCAAAUAUGUCAAAGAUAGUUUAACUAAAAUCAAAUUAAAAAGGAAAAUGAAAUUUCUCUAGUUAUUGGAAAUAGAAGUUGAUAAAUUUUCUACUUUAUUGCAAACAA